AUGCAAUUAUCAAAUAUUUUAUACUCAAUUGUCUCAUUAUCAUUAGUUUCAUCAACUUUGGGUGCUCCAACUGAAAAUGUUAGAAGAGAUGAUGAUGAAGGUCCAGUUAUUGUUAAAUUAACUACUACAGUUCAUAAUGUUGCUACUAAUACUAAGAUUAUUCAAGGUUCAGUUUCUACUAGAACUAAUACUAUCAUAAAUACUGAUACUACUACCACUACUAGAUAUACUGCAACCGUCACAUCAACUGUAUUUGGAACUCCAAUUACUUAUACUACUGUAGCACCAACUCCAAUUGAUACUUCAAACAUCAAAAUUCCAACUGAAACUGUUACUACUUCAUCAUCUUCAUCUUCAUCAUCUUCAUCAUCUCCACAAAAAACUCAACAACCAACUACCAUAGAAACCACCUCAACAGCUCCAAAAACUACAUCAACCCCAACUACUGCACCAACUACUACUCCGGUUGCUACUACUUCAGUCACCACUGUCACUGAUUCUACUGAUAAUGGUCCUUCAAUCACUGAUAUUGCAAAUAUUCCUGCUUCAACUGGUUCAUGGAUAAUUGAAAAUAUUACUACUUCAAAAUCUGAUGGCGUAUGUGUGGUAGAUUAUGAUUACUAUGCUACUGGAGAACAAGAAACUGUUACUUCAACUUCUACUAUCUAUCACACUGUCACUAGAUCUUAA